AUGUUCCUCCUAAUGCUGCUGCUUGUUGGGCUCCGCAGCUUGCUGGCAUCAGGACCUGGUAAGGCAGCGGAGACCCUGGUACACUGGGUCUGGGCAGAGGAAGGUGUUUCUUUUCCUUCCUCCAACGAGUUCCUGCUUCUGUCAAACGGUGGCCCAACUCGGUUCAGAUCUGCCUUCUGGUUUCUUUUGGCCGGUUCUCAAAAUCCAUUUUUACAAAUUAUAGUUCCAGAGAAAAUCCAAGAAAAUACAAGUGAUAAUUUGGAACUAGAAAAUGAAUGGAUAUCAUAUAUUAUUAUGAUAGACCAGAAGCUAUACACUAUACAUCUUAAGCAAAGGAUUUUUUUAGCACAUAAUUUUAUGGUUUAUGUGUAUAAUCAAGGAUUUGUGAAUUCACAUCCUUCAGAUGUUCAGGCUCAGUGCUAUUACCAGGGGUAUGUUGAAGGAUAUCCCAAUUCUGUUGUUACACUCAGCACGUGCACUGGAUUGAGAGGAAUACUGCAGUUUGAAAAUGUUUCUUAUGGAAUUGAGCCUCUGGAAUCUGUAGUUGAAUUUCAGCAUCUUAUUUAUAAAUUAAGGGAUGGAAACAAUGAAUUUGCAGCUCUUACCAAAGAUAACCGAGACAUAGAACAAAACCCAGUGGACUAUAACAUUAUUAUAAGUGAAAAAUCACAAUCAACUGUUCUGGAUUUAAUUCCUCUUUAUCUAAAGAUGCAUAUUGUGGUGGAUAAAGCUUUGUAUGAUUACUUGGGCUCUGAAAGCAUGAUAGUAACAAAUAAAAUCAUCGAAAUUAUUGGCCUUGUAAAUGCAAUGUUUGCCCAAUUUAAAGUUACUAUUGUGCUGUCAUCGUUGGAGUUAUGGUCAGAUAACAAUAAGAUUUCUACAGUUGGUGAGGCAGAUGAAGUAUUGCAUAGAUUUUUAGAAUGGAAAAAGUCCUAUCUUUCUCUAAGACCUCAUGAUAUUGCAUAUCUAUUCAUCUAUAGAAAUUAUCCAGAUUAUGUGGGGGCAGCAGUUCCUGGAAAGAUGUGUGUUACCCAUUUUUCGGCUGGAAUUGCUAUGUACCCCAAGGAAGUAACUCUGGAGGCAUUUUCCAUUAUUGUUACACAGAUGCUCGGACUGAGUCUGGGAAUAUCAUAUGAUGACACAAAGAAAUGUCAUUGUACAGGAGCUAUCUGUAUAAUGAAUCCAGAAGCUAUGCGAUCAAGUGGUGUCAAGACUUUUAGCAGUUGCAGUUUGAGUGACUUUGAAAAUUUCAUUUCAAAUAUGGGUGCCAAAUGUCUUCAGAAUAAACCCCAAAUGCAAACAGCUCUGAGAGCAAUCUGUGGCAACGGCAAAGUGGAGAGAGGUGAAGUGUGUGACUGUGGUACUGAGGAACAAUGUGGAAAGUCUAGCUGUUGUAAUUUUCGAACUUGUACACUGAAAUCAGGAGCACGGUGUGGUCAUGGAUUAUGCUGCAAGAACUGUCAAAUUGAAAGACAAGGUGUUGAAUGUAGGAAAGCAAGACAUCAUGAAUGUGAUAUUGCUGAGUUUUGUAAUGGAAGCUCACCAGAAUGUCAACCUGAUAUGACUAUACACAAUGGACAUGUAUGUAAACAAAAAUAUGUGUGUUAUGAUGGAGUCUGCCAGGAUACAGAUGCACGGUGUGAGGUCACAUUUGGAAAAGGUUCAAAAAAUGCACCAUUUGCCUGCUAUGAAGAAAUACAGUCUCACGCUGAUAGGUUUGGGAACUGUGGUAAAAUAAGAGGCAAAUUUCAAUCCUGUUCAUGGAGGAAUCUUCAAUGUGGGAGACUAAUUUGUACUUACCCUACACGAAUUCCUUUUCACAAAGAAAAUGGCGCUGUGAUUUAUGCUUUUGUACGAAAUAAUUUAUGUAUAACCAUAGACUACAGAUUGCCUAAUGCAAAUCAAGAUCCAAUGAAAGUCUCCAAUGGUUCUCAUUGUGAUGAAGGGAGGAUCUGUGUAAAUGGUGAAUGUGUAGAAUCAAGAAUAAUUAAGUCUGAAUCAUCUGCCUGUUCAAAAAAGUGCAACGGACAUGGAGUGUGCACUUCCAAUAAAACGUGCCAUUGUUUUGAAGGCUACCAGCCUCCAUUUUGUGAAACGCGGGGCAGAGAAGCUUCUAGUUUGCCUGAGAAACAGGGUUUAAUCAUGGAAAGAGCUUUUAGGAAGGCUGAAAAGAACCGGUGGCUUCUAGGUUUCUACAUUGCUUUGCCUAUUCUCAUCAUAGCAACCAUAAUAGCUAUUGUUUCAUGGAAGAGUUCAAAAAAGUGGUUCACCAAGGAAGAGGAAUCCUUGAGUAGCGAAGUUUCUGGUGCAUUAUUAUCAUUCUCAUUUAGAUCCAGAUCAGAAAGCAGCAGCCAAACAGAUACAGUCAGAUCCAGUUCAGAAAGUAGUGCUCAAACAUAUACCAGCAGUUUCCCAUGCUCCACAGUUGUGGCCUUGUGA